GGAACCAAUGGACAGCCUAUUCAUGGACCAGCACUUCCUGAGAAGCUCCUUACGGCUCUACUCAGCUACAGGCUCAGACCCCUUGGACGCCGAGAACAACAACGCUUCCUCUUUCUUCUCAGCAGCCAUGGUAGAGAAAGCUCGAGCCCAACUCCAGAUGUGGGGCCGAGCAGGAGCUGCGUACAAUCCUGCUGAACUCCAUGCUUUCUUGUUAAACUCCGGCCAUCAAGUCUACCGGAGCACAGUCCCCUUGGUCACUCCGAGCCAGCUAUGGCCACAAGGUGCUACCUCGUGGCAUCCUGGGCUCAUGAGGCCUCAAAUUACUCCUCCGCCCUCAUCGACCCCAAGCUCUUCUGGAUCUCCUUCACCAACGAGUAUCAGUACUUCCGCGGAGUUGCGGCUACCUAAGGCUAUGUUUCCGACUGCGUUGCACCAUAGGUUCAGUCCUUACGCAUCUAUUUCAAGGCCAUCUGGACCUUCGAUUAGCCCACCUUCAAGAUCGAGUCAUUGAUAAAGUUCAAUGACAUGCGGUGAGUUUGUUUGACGUCAAAGAUCAGAAGCGGGAUGGUUGUAAUGUUUGACCUUGAGAACGCUUUCAAGCCUUUUUACUGGGCACUGGAGCGUCAAUAUCUCACUCCUAUACGAAUAAAAAUACAAUUGACAAUCUGGCAAACAUUGACUUUAAUGACAGUAUGCUGGUAGUCAUAACCUACAAAUGCUUACAUUUGGCAAGUGUCGAUACGUUUGAGAUUUUACAUAACCUCACUUCCAUUUGCCGGGUUGCAGUUUUGUUUUCAUCUCUAGGAAUAGAAGUGAUAUUCUAACAAUAUCUAAAGGUUGAAUGAAAUGCAUUUAUUAUGUUUUUAUAUUUUUCUAUGACGCCAAACAGAUCUGACCUGCCCAUAAUUAAUCUAACCAAAGAAUAUGUCUACUAGACGUUAAAAGUGAAGGUACGUAAAUGUAUUAUGGAAAAAUGUAUAUACAGAAUAGUCGAAAUAAAUUAUUGAUCAAAAAAAAAAAAUCGGAAGUCGCGGUAGUGAUAAAUAAUGACCUUUAACCUGUAUGUGUAAUAGUUGCAUAUAUUUUGUACGAGAACAGUAUUAUUGUACAUACUUGGUGUAAGUUUAUUUAAUGUUCUCUAUAGAGGACUUGUGCAUGUUCCUUUCCAAAAAAUGUACCCCGUCUAUCAUUUCAGUUUGAACAUAGACGUUAUAAUGCUAGGUUUCAGGGAAUGGGUUUUUCAAAAAUACAAAGGUAGAACGUCAAAAUAAAGCAUUUGUUUGGGCCUGUAUUAAGGCAGGCCAUACAUGGUAAUGAUCGCAAACCGACUGCAGUCGUGUGUAUGGCCAGGUAACAAAUGCAUCGUAAGCGCCAGCGUUAAUAAUUGAGAAAAUAAAUGUUUGAAUAACGGCAACCCUUAGCACAUAACCUAAACAUUCUUCUACUAUGGGACUCAAAUGAUAGAGGGUGUUACAGAAUACGUUGGCAAUAUUUUACUUGUAAAUCGAUUGUACAUUAUUCGCUGUCUAUCUGUGUAUUAUUUAAGGAAUUUGUUUCAAUAUUUAUGUUACAUUGGUCAUGUUGUUGUGUAUAUAUCAGUGGACUGUAAAAUAAAAUGAAUAUUUACUA